AUGGAGCUCACUGAUGUUUUAUGCUUUUCCUCGCUUCAGUCUUAUAGGGACUGUUUUAAGCAAGAUCAAAGCAAGGUGGGUGGUUGUGCUACCAAAUUGGCCAACACAACCUUGGUAUGCGAAAGCCCAUUCCAUGGGGGGAAAAUCACCCAUACCUUUACCAGCGUCAAAAGACCUGUUGAUACUUCCCAGCCAUCCAAACAAGCACAUCCAUUGUUCAAAAAACUGUCAAUGAUGAUUUGCCGAGAAAGUUUAAAGCUCCAAAAUCUGUCAGAGUCCACGAAAGAAAUUAUAAUGGCUUCUUGGCGUAAAGGCACUCAGAAACAAUAUAAAUCAUAUCUUUUACGAUGGGAAGAAUAUUGUAAUCGAGAAAAUGUUGCACCUCAUAAUCCUGGGAAAGCAUAUGCUAUCGAAUUUCUUAGGGAACUGUAUGAUUCAGGUGUAGGAUACAGUGCUAUAAACACAGAGCUCGAUCAACACUAUCGUUAG